AUGGGAUCAGAUAUCAAAGACCCACUGGAACUACCAUGUGGAUUAGUUCUGCCCAAUCGUUUAGUGAAAGCUGCUAUGGCCGAAGGGCUGGCAGAAAGUGGGCGAUUACCAGGGACGCGGAUUUUUCGUGUUUACGAAAAAUGGGCGAAGGGAGGAUGGGGGGCUCUUCUCACAGGAAAUGUACAAAUUGAUGUUCGUCACUUGGGGGGCUUCGGCGAUGUGGCUACACGUGAGUAUCAAAAAGAUGAGCAGGACUCACUGAAUGCUUGGAGAACUUACGCGAAUACAUGCCAACAAAAUGGUACUCCUGCAAUUGCUCAAAUAUGUCAUCCGGGCCGUCAGUCCCCGAGAGGUGCAGAUGACCGUGGAAUUUUGGACAAAGCCAUUGCACCGAGUGAGAUUGCCCUCCAUAUCGGUAAUGGGUUAGUUGCGACUCUUGCACGGAACAUCGUUUUCGGGGUACCACAAGCUAUGUGUUAUUUCGAUAUCAAUCGUGUUAUCACUCAGUUUGUCAGUUGUGCCCGAAUGAUGGCCCAGUCUGGCUUUUCUGGUAUCGAGAUACAUGCAGCACACGGUUAUCUUUUAUGUGAGUCUCUGUCCUUCACUCAAGCGAAACGCAUCAGCUCACAUCAAUAUGGCGGUGACGCUGAACGGCGAGCCCGCAUUGUUCUCGAAAUUAUCCACCAGAUUCGAGAGGCCGUGCCUAAGACUUUCUGCAUUGGGAUCAAAUUAAAUUCCGCCGACCACAGCAGAUCAGCUUUCGAAGACACGAUGACUCAAAUUGGUCUCUUUUCUGAGGCUGGUAUAGAUUUUCUUGAAAUAUCUGGCGGAUCUUAUGAAGACCCAACGAUGAUGGGCCGUGGGUUGCGAGACGAAACUACCAAUUCUAAAAACCCAGAAUCUCGAGAAGCCUUCUUUUUGGACUUUGCGACACAAACAAGGAAGCGGUUCCCAAACUUGAGACUUAUGGUCACCGGAGGAUUUCGAACCCGAAAGGGAAUUGAGACUGCAUUGAAGGGUGAUGUUUGCGAUCUUGUCGGUAUCGGCCGGCCAGCAGUUCUAAACCCAGAUUUCCCACAGCUCAUGAUGGAUUACACAUACUCCGAUAAACAAGCCCAGGUG